UGUCUGCCGCCGGAGCGUCCGUCGGGGGGAUUGCGGGGCGGCGUGAAAUACAGUGACAGUUGAAUUCAAAGCGGACUGUUUUCAAAGGCGACCGGCGGCUUUACACAUUCUCGUGGCUGGGACGAAGGAAAGCUAGCGAACAGACGCAGAAGGGCACGAAGAUAAAAGAAAAGAUGCCGCUUCUCCAUCGAAAGCCGUUUGUCAGACGGAAGGUUCCUUCGGAUCUCCGACUGGACGAAGAAGUUUUUCACUGUAAAUUCACCAACGAGAUCUUCAGAGACUACGAUGAAUUUUUUGAAAGGACUAUCUUAUGUAAUAGCCUAGUAUGGAGCUGUGCCGUCACUGGAAAGCCUGGCCUCACAUACCAAGAAGCAGUUGACAGUGAAAAGCGAGCCAAGCAAAAUCUACAAAAUUUUCCUGAGCCUCUUAUUUUACCCGUACUUUAUCUAACAACGUUAACUCAUCGUUCUCGGCUCCAUGAAAUCUGUGAUGACGUGUUUGCCUAUAUGAAGGAUCGCUUUUUUGUUGGAGAAACAGUGGAUGUGACCAGUGGUAAUGGAUCCAGACAAUCAUGCAAAAUCCUCGAAGUAAUUUCUCCAAUUCAAAAUGGUAUGGUAAAUGGGCACAGCAAAUUGAAGACGGAGGGUGAUGCCAUUGUUAUUAGUGAUAGCAGUGAUGAAGAAGAAAUCCCCAAAAUUGCCAGGACUCUUGCAAUUAAUGGGAAAAAGAAAACCUUAAUCAGCCCUUCAUUAUUUAAGUACAGAGUGCGUCCAGUUAAACUAGACGAUUAUGAACCACUGAUAGUCCAGGCUGGCCAAAUCAGUCGUAGGAAAAAUGUGUUUUCACGGGACCGGUUAAAGCUUUUACUGAAACAACAUUGUGAGUUUCAGAGUGGCGUUAUCAAAGUAAAGGCAGCUGCAAUUGGAAAGUACAAGUUAUUAGACCAAAAUUUCUUUUGCCUUUUCCCUGAUGAGCCCCCCACCUUCGAGUGCAGUGUUAAAAUCAAAAGCAAAGCAAAGGCAGCUAAGAGACCACUGUCUGCUAUGCACUCGGAUUGUGCUGAAAAUGGGGGAAAUGCUGCACAGCAUAAAAACAAAGAGAGAGCUAAUAGAGAGAUUGAGAAGAUACAGAAGCAAAGGGAGGAAAUGCGAUCUCUGGCAAUAGAAAAAGCAAAGCUGAAAAAAGAGAAAGCUGAUGCUUUUGAAGCAAAGAAGCGAGAGAAGGAGGACAAGGAAAAAAAGAGGGAGGAGCUGAAGAAGUUGGUGGAAGUUGAAAGGUUGAAAAAAAAGGAAGAAAAGGAAAGACUAAAAGUUGAGAAGGAAAAGGAAAGAGAGAAAUUGCGGGAGGAGAAGCGAAAGUAUGCAGAGUAUUUAAAACAAUGGAGCAAACGUCGUGAAGAUAUGGAAUGUGAUGAUCUGAAGAUGCUUCCUUCUCCGCUCUCUGUAAAGACGCGCCUUCCACCAGACCUCUUCGGAGAUGCAUUGAUGGUGCUAGAGUUCCUUCGUGCCUUUGGAGAGCUCUUUGACCUGCAAGACGAAUUCCCUGAAGGGGUUACUCUAGAGGUUCUAGAGGAAGCUGUGGUUGGUUGUGAUCCUGAAGGACCUCUGUGUGAGCUGCUCUUCUUCUUCCUUACUGCAAUUUUUGAAGCUUUGGCAGAAGAGCAGGAGGAGGUGGCAAAAGAACAAUUGGCUGAGGCAGAUGCUAAAGAUCUGACGGAAGCAUUAGAUGAAGAGGUAGAUCCUACGCAGUCAGCCAUUAGUGCUGUGGCAGCCUUUGCAGCUGCCUGGCCUCAGCUGUAUCAGGGGUGUAGCUUAAAGCAGCUGGACUUGGAUAGUUGCACACUAUCUGAAAUUCUUCGACUUCACAUCCUUGCUUCGGGUGCAGAUGCCACAUCAGCUAAUGCCAAAUACCGCUACCAGAAACAAGGAGGGUUUGGUUCCAUGGAUGAUGCUUGUGUCGAGUUGAGAUUAAGCAACCCUGCACUGCUGAAGAAGCUCUCUACCACACCAGUGUAUGAUCUGCUCCCAGGUGAGAAGUUAAAAAUUCUCCAUGCCCUCUGUGGGAAGCUGCUUACCCUCGUCUCUACCAGGGACUUCAUUGAAGACAAUGCGGAAAUCCUUAGACAAGCCAAACAAGAGUUUCGGGAGCUGAAGGCUGAGCAAAACCGUCGAGGAAAAGAGGAAGCAGCAGCCAGAGUUCGCAAGAAGAAGGUUGAAAAGCUGAAGGAGCAAGAAAUGAAAAUGAAGGAGAAGCAUGAGAAGCUGAAAGAAGACGAACAAAGAAAUUGUUCUAAGGAAAACCAGGCAGGGGAGGAAGAGAGGGAAGAAAUGGAUACAAGCACCGAAAGUCAAGAGGCAAGCCAAAUUGAUGCAACUCAGGACACCGCUACUGAGGACGAAGAGGAGUCCGAAAUGAAGGAUGGCACAAAAAAAGAUGCCGACUCCAAGAGGUCUCCAAAAAUGAAUGGUGAAGAGAAUGAGGACCUAACCCCAGAGGAAGAAUCAUUCCUGAGGGAGGAGAUGGCCAAGAGAGAGAAGGAGCUCAUGGAGCGUAUCCAGAAAGCAGCUGCUUGCACUUACAUUCUUCCACUUGGUCGUGACCGGCUUUAUAGACGAUAUUGGCUGUUCACUUCUGCACCCGCACUUUUCGUGGAGGAGGACUAUUCUGAACUCACUGAGGACAUGCUGCUACCGCAACCAGCACGGUUGCCUUUCUCUUCAGAGGAACUGAAACUCGAGAAAGUUUCAGAGGGUGCUGCUCCACCUGAAACUACCUCAACAGCAGCCUGCUCCGACCAAGCAGGUGUGACUGAUGUGGAAAAAUCUUUUCAGGGAUCCUCCAAACCUGUGAAUAAACCAAACCACUGGUCAUUCUACAGCUCUCCUCAGCAAUUUGAGCAACUCCUUGACGCCUUGAAUUCCAGGGGCCGUCGAGAACAUGCACUUAAGGAAGCUCUCUUGCAGGAAAAAGAUCGAAUUGUUGAAAUUCUGAGCACCUGCCCUUUGGAAAGGUUUCAUAUGACAGGUGAUCCUGGAGAAGACAUUAAGCCUGCAACCAGUAAAUUGAAAUGCGCUCAAAUUGCCCAGGACGUUCACUCUGCAGAGAAACGCCUUGAAAUGCAACUCAGGGACUUCUUGUUGGAUAUUGAAGACCGAAUAUAUCAGGGAACAUUAGGAAUGGUAAAGGCAGUGGAUAGACAACUCUGGAAGACAUCUCUGGAAAGCGGCCAGUAUGACCUUCUAAGCACUGACUCCAAGGAAAAUGGAUUUGUAAAAACUGAAAAUUGUGAAAUUGAGGAAAUGGAAAUUGAAAAUGUUAAAGUUGGGACCAAAGAUAGGUUACUUGAACUGAAAAGUGAGGGGCAGAGCACAGCUUCCACAAGUGUCAGUACACCUCAACCAGUUAACAAUUUGGUGCAUUACCUUGCUUUAGCCUUACUUCAGAUCGAGCAAGGAAUAGAGCGGAAGUUUCUUAGAGCACCUUUAGGAGAUGAUGAUGUUAAAAGAGAUCAAAAAGGAAAGAAAAAAGAUGACAGGAGAAAAAAAGAAGAUGAGAUAUCAAGUGAGAAAGAUGACUCAAGUGACAGUGGACGUAUCUGUAAGACAGUCCUGGACCGCUGGAGGGAAUCCCUUUUGACCUGUUCAAGCCUCUCCCAGGUGUUCCUUCACCUGUCAACACUGGACCGGAGCAUCAUCUGGUCAAAAUCUAUUCUCAAUGCUCGAUGUAAAAUGUGCCGUAAGAAGGGGGAUGCAGAAAACAUGAUGAUGUGUGAUGGCUGUAAUCGAGGUCACCAUAUUUUCUGUGUCAGGCCCAAACUGAAGUUGGUACCUGAAGGUGACUGGUUCUGCCCAGAAUGCAAACCAAAGCAACGUGCGCGCAGACUGUCAUCACGGCAGAGAUCAUCUGUUGAUUCAGAGGAUGAGGAGGAGUCCUCAGAUGAGGAGGAAGAGGAGGAGGAGGACCAAGAAGAUGAGGAGGAUGAAGAGGAUGAUGAAGAGGGAGUUAUUUCUGAGAAUGAAGAGGAGGAGUGUACAUCAAAAAGAGGUCGGCAAACAGUUAAACUAUCAAUGACAGGCAGGGGUGGCAAAUCAGGAUCUUUGAGUGCUGGACGAGGUUCACAACGACAACCAGAAUCUGGCCGGUCAACUCCUCGCAGCAGGCAGAGCACACCUAAAAGUCUGUCUUCUGGCAAAACGGGAACCAGGAACUCUGGCAGGAAAGUGAAAAUCACCCCUGUAUCUGAAACUAAACCUUCGAGAUCAAGCGGCCGCUCAAGUGCCCGAUUGAGUUUGGAGGCAAAGCGAACAGAUGGUUCGUUUAUAGAACAGCUCAGUUACCGUUAUAAGGGGAAGAAAAGUGCUGAGAGCACACCUGAAAACAGCCCAGUUCUAACCCUUUGCACCAACAGAGGAACUGUGAAGUUGGAAAAAAGAAGCUCUUCACUGGGGGCAGCGUCACCACUGUGCAGGAAUGAGCCCAGUAGACGGGGCAGAAAAAGAAAGUCUGCCGAUGCGUCUCUAACACCAAUGAAGAGAAAUGUCAAUUCUACACCAGUCCAAUCCAACAGGAGAAGCUCAAGUCGGAACAUUGGUGUGCAUGAGUUGUCGGCAUGUGAACAGAUUAUUGUUGAAUUAGUACGUCAUGAGGAUAGCUGGCCAUUCAUUAAACUGGUGUCUAAAGCUCAGGUUCCAGAUUAUUAUGACAUCAUCCAUAAACCAAUUGCUUUGAGUGUCAUCAGGGAGAAAAUGAACUCCUGUAAAUACAGCACAGCUGCGGAAUUUGUUGAAGAUGUGGAGCUGAUGUUUGCCAACUGUUAUGAAUAUAAUGCCCGCAACACAAAUGAGGCGAAGGCAGGAGUCCGACUUCAAGCUUUUUUUCACAGCCAGGCACAGAAACAUGGACUUGAAAUUCAUUUUGGGGAGCAGUUUGACGUUGGUCCUGCCAAGAAAUCAAGAAUAUGAGACCCAUAUUGAUGGCAGAGGGGUUAUCUUUCGGACAACCCUUAACUUGGACUAAAAAAUACGCCCAUCACUUCUUACACAGCAUUGUACAGACCAAGAAAGCAGACCGGUAAAUGAGGCGUCUGAGUCUGCAAGGUGCUUCUGGCAGUCCACACCGGUGUGGAGCAAUCAACUUAAUCUGCCUGACUUGAUCUGCACUGGAAUAUUUUACCCCGGUUUCUUCGUAAAGCUCUCAGGAUAUUCUCAAAUCUAUUGUGAACUAAUUGUUUUUUUGUUAUUGUUUUAUAUGGUUUGUAUAUUGGUUAUUCUGGACUGCAAAAACAUAUUUUAUAUUUUCAAAGAGAUCCGUUUUUCUGAUGUGAAUGUUUUGCUCCAAUUGAAAAACUUGCCAGGAUUGUAUUGUCAUUUCCAGACAGCGAGGGUUUCGAGGUGUCAACUUUGUAGCUUUCUCUCUCGUAGAACCGGAAAGCGUUGUUUUCUUUCAUCCACACUGUAUAAAAGGUCUGUGCAACACUACAGGGGAAUGAGGCCUGGCACAUCCCUUCAGUGCUCUUUUCUUAAUCCAGGUAGAUAUUUAUUUAGAGUUGAAUAUAAUUUGGGUUGAAGACAUUUGUAUUUAUAUGGACAAAAUUCGUACAGAGGGCUGUUAGGCCUCAUGUUUUAUAAUGUUAUUUGUGACAUUUCUGAUGGCGCUUUUCUAAAUAAAUGUAUAGCAGCAAUUUU